GCUGUGCAGAGUGUGGUGGUGUUUAGGACCUCGGGAGCGUUGGCCUGGCUGGGCGUAUCAGGAGCGGGGUCUCUGCUGGAACGCACCGGAUUGGCCCAGGCUGUCAGGGAGGGGCGGAGCUUCAGAGGGUCAAAGGUUACGAACGUCACUGUGGGAGGUGUGCAGGAGGAUGUGUGUUUAUGGCUGUUCAAGUGCACUGCAGCAGGUUUUGAGUGUGUUUCCAGACCAGGUGACAUGGCCGUCUGUUCCUCAGUCUGUCACUCUGACUACUGUCACAACCAGGGCAUCUGUACCCACCACCCUCACCAACCACCGCUCUGCCAGUGCCCUGUGGGGGAUAAUUUCUGGUUCAUGGGUCGUCGUUGUGACAUGAGGAUGACGCAGCAGCGGCUGGUGGGGGCGUGUCUUGGUGUGCUGGUUGCCAUAGUUACACUGAUUGGCGCCGUGGCCUGGCUGGCGGUGCGACGAUACAGAGCCAUGCUGAUAAAGACUAGAGUAGACCAGACACGCAGCAGUUACCGUAGGUUCAACCACUUUGACGAGCUGUCAGGCCGUUUCUGGUCCAUCGGUGGAUCUGCCGACUCGUUGGAUAACCCCGUCUUCUCCCGCUCCGACGAGAUGCUCCACCGGAGGGCGCUCGACCGCACCUGCUGUUACCACGACGACACGCUGUCCCUGGCCUCCACCUGCCCUAGCAACGGAACACACCUCAACACCGUCUACAACUCCCAGUACGGCUGGGCGGUCAGCGAGGUCAGCCUGGCGGAGUGUGUGUUGGAUUCUGGGAAAGCCAGCGACCUGUCAGUGUGCAGCUGGCCCAGAGAACCCAUCCAGUGGACGCCCUUCCCCCUGCUGCAGCAACUAUCCUCCACACACACAACCACCCCGGGGAGGGCGCUGCGUCCUCGAUCCUACUGUGAAGGCAUGGAACUGGUGGAACUGGAGAAGAGCUGGACGGCCUAG